GGAACAAAAGUCCAAUUGAGUUUUUGGGGCGCCUGUUUAAAUAAAACAAGUCCAAACCCAAAACAUGCAUAUUUUUUUUUUAUUUUUUUUUUGGUCCCUGUUCUUUUUUUCUUUCUUUCUCUUUUUUUUUUUCACCAAAGGAAGCGAAAAAAUUAUGCCUGAAAAUAAUUUAUUUCAUUUUGCUCAAGUGAUUGCAGAGUUACCGAUACAGAAUAAAAGAUGUUUACAUAUAAGAAAAAAUGCAUGUGUUGUCUGUAGUGUGUGCUUUACAUGUUCCAAAUAUUACGGUGUGGACUGUACGUGUCAAGAAAUGCAGCCAAGACGAGGCAAAAAUUUACCUUUUGGUGGUUUGGAUUCACGAGCCAAAAAACUUCAUAGGGAGGAUGGAGAUGACUUUGAAUUUUCAAUUAAAUGGAUCAAUGAGAAUGCGCACAACAUGUAUAAGGACCAACACAAUACAGUGGUUGGGGUCCGAGACCUAUGCGAGGUCUCGCUCUGUAAAGCUCAUUCCAGCACCUUGUAUCGAGCCAAAAAGAGACACGAACGAUUAAAUGGACCUGAGUCAAUUUAUCAUUCAGGCAAUAUUUCGGGUGGUUUAGCUGCCAAAGUAAGAGAAAUCGCAUUCAAUAACACUGAACCCAAAAGAGAAGAUAUCAUGCCUGAUUUCUCUUCUCUCUCUCAUUCAACCUCAUCCAAACGAAAGAGGAUGAUAAAAACAUCCCCUAAAUUGGAAACAAGACCCAGCGUAUCAACACCUCUUUAUGGAUCCCGCAACAACAAUGGCUUUGUACAACACAACUUUCCUUCACAACUACCUCCACUUCAUCAACAGUAUACAAAGCCUCAAAAUAUUGUCAUAGAAACCGUCUCUUUAAAGGCUUCAGAUAGACACAUGUAUUAUUAUUUUCGGAAUCUAGCAAUCACCGAUUCAUUCACCUUUAGAGAUCUCCUAGCAGAAAUAGACAUGACCGGCUCUCCACCACAAGGAAAGAGGAUCGUCAUCUCGGACGCUGAUAAAUUUUACCCACUGGAUCAAGCCAUUCGUAGUGUUAUUCGAAGACCUCUCUCUACACAUCUCGAACUAUCGCUUGGCUUGACUGAUAAACCUUCCAUCAACUGGAGCACCUAUUGAUUGGCUUAUAUAAAUAAAACAUUUUUUUUUUUCUUUUUCUUUUUUUCUUUAAUCUCUUUCAUCAUGUCCUCUCCUCCUUCAUUUGCACUUGUCGAUCCCGAUAGUAUGUAGUAACAUUUACGAA